CGUGUGUGCUGGGCUACCUGGUCGUCAUGGAGGCAAUCUUGACGGAAGAGCUUGCUGAGGAGGAGCAGCUAGUGAGAAGGCAUCGCAAAGAGAAGAAGGAGCUGCAAGCCAGAAUUCAGGGUAUGAAGAAUGCUGUUCCCAAGAAUGACAAAAAGAGGAGGAAGCAACUCACCGAAGAUGUUGCUAAGUUGGAAGCAGAAAUGGAACAGAAACAUAAAGAAGAACUGGAGCAACUGAAGCUGACUUCUAAGGAAAGUAAAAUAGAUUCUGUUGCUGUUAACAUUUCAAACUUGGUUCUUGAGAAUCAGCCACCUCGGAUAUCAAAAGCACAAAAGAGACGGGACAAAAAAGCUGCAUUGGAAAAGGAGCGGGAAGAAAGGAUAGCUGAAGCUGAAAUUGAGAACUUAUCUGGAGCCAGACACUUAGAAAGUGAAAAACUUGCUCAAAUAUUGGCAGCAAGACAGUUGGAAAUUAAACAGAUUCCAUCUGAUGGCCACUGUAUGUAUAGAGCCAUUGAAGAUCAACUCAAAGAACAGAAAUGCCCUUUGACUGUGGCUGCCUUGAGAAGUCAAACUGCUGAAUAUAUAAAAGGCCAUGUGGAAGACUUUCUGCCAUUUUUAACAAACCCUAAUACGGGAGAUAUGUACACUCUAGAAGAGUUUAGGAAGUACUGUGAUGAUAUCGUCAACACAGCUGCAUGGGGAGGUCAGCUUGAGCUAAGAGCCUUGUCUCAUAUUUUACAAACACCAAUAGAGAUAAUACAGGCAGAUUCUCCUCCUAUUGUAGUUGGUGAAGAAUAUCAAAAAAACCCAUUAAUACUUGUAUAUAUGAGACAUGCAUACGGCUUAGGAGAACAUUACAAUUCUGUUACACAGUUGGUGAACACAGCUACUGAAAAUUGCAGCUAGUUUACAAAAUGUUACACAAUUAUGUUUUAGUACAGUGUGCUGAUCUGAGUCUUCUUACAAGUGCUGGACUGUUCUGACAUUACUGAAAAACACAACUACCUUAAAUCAGUUUUAUGGCAAAGCUACUAACAGAUUUUUUUUUAAAGUAUGCCAGAGAUAAACUUUAACCAGUGUUCCCUUUGUGGUAUUUAAAAACACUUGUGAGUCGUUGUGGAAUACAUCAUUUACAGACCAAGAUAGUACCUAUUUGCUGAUAUUUUUACUAAUAUAGGAUCUUGAACAUUCUGUUAUGCGUUGAAAUAAAUUUGAUUUUUCUCCUUAUUACUAAAAGCUUUCAGUAACCAUUUUAAUGUAACUUUCUUGAAGAAAUGAAAUGACUUGGUCAUUGCAAAAAUGUGGUAAAGGUGACAGCAAAUCUAAUUAAUGCUUAUAAAUGUAUCUGAUUUCAGUAACCCUGGUACUUGAUGGAAUUAAUACUAUGAAGCUUUUUAUAUAACCCCAUCAAAGUGCAGCUAAAAAGCUUGCUUUAAUAACUAAAAAUUUUAAAAUAUUUAUUCACAUGGGAAUCAGUUAAGUGUAAGAAAUGAGAAAUUUAAAGGUAAAUAGGUGUUCUUAUCAGAUCAGACCUCUAAAGAAGUACCAUCAUGUUUUCUUAGUUUUUUAGUGUCUUUUAUUUUUUUAUUCUAUUUUUUUAUUUUUUAAGUAAUCUCUCCACCCAACAUGGGGACUUGAACACAUGACCCCACAAUAAAUAAAGAGUUGCCUGCUCUAUCAAGUGAACCAGCCAGAAGCUCCAGUACCACCAUUUCUUGAUCAUAUUCAAAACUGCAAAUUUUUAUAUUCUUCGUUAUGUUUUCCUCGUCACCACUUAGCUGCUUUGCUUUCCUUGUGGUCGUUUCCACUCAUAAAUAGUUUGUGGCCUCUCAUUUUUUUUUUUUUUUUUUUAACGUUUAUUUAUUUUUGGGACAGAGAGAGACAGAGCAUGAACGGGGGAGGGGCAGAGAGAGAGGGAGACACAGAAUCGGAAACAGGCUCCAGGCUCUGAGCCAUCAGCCCAGAGCCUGACGCGGGGCUCGAACUCACGGACCGCGAGAUCGUGACCUGGCUGAAGUCGGACGCCCAACCGACUGCGCCACCCAGGCGCCCCUUUUUUUUUUUUUUUUUUUAACUUGUACACACUGAAGGAGUAGCAAUGUAAAAGGGUCCAAGGCCAACUUUACUUCAGAUUCUCCUCACUUUCAAUUUGUCUUACCAGACCUCUGUUUUUGUUUCAUUCUCCAGGAUUAGAAGAAAGUGAGUUAGCCUACAUUUAUUUCAGAUAUGUGAGAAUGUUUAUGUUACAUAUAGGGAUCAAGUUGAAAGCCACUGUUUGGGAGCUAAGACUGAAUAGUAAAAUCAGUAUACAAUACUUUCUGAUAUGAAUGAUUUAUCUGGCUCAGAUUUCACAUUAUUCUUAACACUAUUCUAAGAAGAUAGUAUCCGUAUGUAGAAACAUGUCUCGCUGAUAAUUUGUUAUGUAACUAAGUAUUAAUGAAAAUGAAACUUUUGGUUUCAUCUGUUUUUCCCAAAUUAGGAGUAAAUACUAAGAUUUAGCAUCAAGGAGCAAAUAUUUGCUCCAUGAGCGCAACUAAUUUUUGUAAGUAAAUAUUGGGUUUUAUGAUACUAAAACCAGUUGUUAGUCUCACAUGCCCACCUGAUGACAAUGUGGGAAGCUGGCAGGGACUGUGGUCAGCUAUAGCAAGUACUGCACAAAGGUGUUCUAGCUCAAAUGAUGAAAAACUGUUCUGUUUGCCUAACAAAGUAUAUUCUGAAGGCUGACUGUUUUGUAAUCCUUGAUCUGAAAUUGUUUGGGUCUGAAAUUAUAAAAGAAUUAAAUUAUAAAAUGGUAAAUGGCUGACCUUUUUUUAUGAAAUGAUCUGUUACUUUAAAAUCAAAAGAUAAGCAUUAAGAAGUAAUAAAAAAGUAUCAUAAACCUAGUUAGUACAGAUGCCAUCUAUAUUUAAAAUAACUUCUUGGGAAUUAUUUUUUCUUAAGAUGAAUGGAACCUUCUUGAUUAUAGGUUUAUUUUUAUUAUUUUUUAUUUUUAAAUGGGCAGAUAUUGUUAUGAGUAAGAUUUGUGUGGUCAGCUUCUGUUCUUCCAUAAAACUUCAAAUAAAAAUCAUUUUAGCUGUAACCAAAAACUGAAGUCUUUAAAAAAUGGCAGAUGUUAAUUUAAAAACAGUAUAUACUAAUUUAGUUUGCUGUAUGAUUAUGGUCUAAUGGAAGUUUCAUAAGCUCUCUUUUCUCUUAAUUCAGAAGAGUAUAUGUCAGAGUUUUGGAAUAUGUCUUUAGCCAAGAAUUUUAUCCACUUACAUAUGUUUACAAACUUAUAUAAAGCAAAAAAGAAUGUAUGUAACUAUAGUGAGCAAUAUAGUUUUGCUCAUGUUAUCUGAUGUUUGCCAAAAGAAGAAUAAAAGAUGUAUGAAUUAAAUCA